CACCUUCUUCCCUAUGUCGCAUCAGCCGUCGGAUCAGAGAUGAACCGUCCAGAUCAAAGACGGCGUGAAAAACCACGCACCCACUUGCCUUCCUCCCCCCUCCGCCGCUGACGAACUCGCCGCCGCCGCCGCCGCAAGCCUCUAGCCUCGCCGCCGCCUCCCUCGCGAUCCUCCCCCGGCGCCGCCGCCGCUCCCACCUCCCCUCCGCGUCUCCGGGCGGGGCACCGCAGCUCCCUCCCCGCCCCGCCCCGACCGACGCCGCGGGAGAAACCCUAGUUGGGGUUGGUUCCAGAACCCUAGCUGAAGUGGAGCUGGGGAGUCGGGGGUGCGGGCGUGGAUGGUGCAGUGGUCAUCCGGCCAGAUCUAGAAGGCCAUGGCGAUGCGCGGGGUGGAUUUCAAGUGGUACGAUGGAUUCUUCCUCUCCAUGCUCGCAACCAGCCUAAUCAUUGUCUCUAUCAACUGGAAGAGAUAUCGCCUCUGCGCCCAUCCGCUGCACAUAUGGAUCGUGGUCGACUACACCACCGUCUUCAUCUUCCGGCUCCUCAUGUUCGUCGAUAAUGGCCUUGCUGCCGGCAUGGGAUUGGAUCUUGGAUGGCAGCAGAGAUAUGCUCGUUUUUGUGGGAGAAUUUUUCUCCUGUCAGUUCUUGUGCUUCUUCUCUACCCCUUUCUCUGGGUUUGGACUGUAAUAGGAACAUUGUGGUUUAGCACUGCAAGAGGCUGUUUGCCCGAGGAAGGACAAAAAUGGGGCUUCCUGAUAUGGCUGCUUUUCAGCUAUUGUGGUCUCGCCUGUAUUGCAUGUGUGGCUGUUGGAAAGUGGCUAAACCGAAGGCAUGCUCUCCAGCAGAGGGCACAACAGGGAAUACCAGUCUCUGAAUAUGGGGUUUUGGUUGACAUGAUUCGUGUACCUGACUGGGCAUUCGAAGCUGUUGGCUUGGAAAUGAGAGGAAUGGGCCAAGAUACUGCAUAUCAUCCUGGUCUUUAUUUAACAGCUGCUCAAAGAGAGGCAGUUGAGGCGCUGAUUCAAGAACUCCCGAAGUUCAGACUGAAAGCCGUUCCCACAGACUGCAGCGAGUGCCCAAUCUGCCUUGAGGAAUUCCAUGUCGGCAACGAGGUCCGUGGGCUUCCGUGCGCACACAAUUUCCAUGUGGAGUGCAUCGACCAAUGGCUGCGGUUGAACGUCAAGUGCCCGCGAUGCCGGUGCUCCGUGUUCCCAAACCUCGACCUGAGCGCUCUCAACAACCUCCGGCCGACCUCCGAGCCUGACCGGCCGUCGGCCAGCGAGGUGACGGCGACGCGGUACGUGCGGUCGCAGCCGGUGGGGCAGAGCUACCUGCUGCGGCUGCAGGGCCUGUUGCUGCGGCCGGUGAUUCGGCACGGUGGUGGCGACGACAUGGCGAGCGCCGAGAACGGCGCUUCUCAUGUGGCUCCGGCGCCGGCGACCAGCGCGAGCGUGGAGAGCGAGCUGCCUAGCAUAGUGGUUGACGAUGGCCAUCAGCUGCCGGAUCGCUGAAGUGAAGUGGCAGCGGCCGGCGUGAUAGACUGAUACGUGGGGGUUAGGGUGGAUCGAAGCUAUGCAGAGCUUGUUUUUUUCUUUUCUGAUUGAUCUUUUCUCCUGUGCAGAGUAUAUAAAUAUAUAAGCUUUUGUUUUC